AUGAGCUUUUACGGAGACGCAUAUGGUUAUUCGGCUGGUGAGAAUCUUUUGGGACGCGUUCCCGGUGGCUAUCCUUUACCUCCUGGUGGUAUUCCUCAAACACAGUCUUCAAAUAUCUACGGUUUAAAUUCUGCACGUAACUGGUCUUCUACUUCGGCUCCACCAUAUCCAUAUAAUUAUCAUUACAGCUUUCAGAUUGGGCCCCCGAUUCCAAUACCUUCAUCAAGCUAUCAUAUAUAUCCACCCGGUUACGAGUAUUCCGAUGUUAUCUAA